AACCUAGAACUGCUAGAACUGCAUUAUCAGGAAAUAAAAUCAUAAAUUCCCACUUGAAACAAACUCAUGAUAGUUUCAAUUGCAAUCUGCUUCAGUCUUCAUCAUGCAAUCGUUUGCAGGAAACAUAAUUUUGCUACUUCUGGGCGUCCUUUCUUAUAGUUUCGCGAGAAAUAUUUUCUCCAGAAACAAUCAGCUCGAUGGAGACGAUUCGGAUGAGGAUUCGUCGGAAGAGAAUCUACAAGAUUUGCUGGGUCACAUGCAGACGGCCUGUUACGCGAACACCGGUUCCGAUGAUACCUUCAAGGCCAUAGUUUCUCACUUUUAUGGGGUCCCGGUGUGCGUUCUGGUGAACAUGGACAUCUACAACUUGAUUGAAGAUUUGGAUGGCUUGGACAACCAGACGCGGAAUGAGUUCUUUCCCAAAUAUUGUCCCCAGAUGCGCAGCACUUUGGAAUGUAUUGAACCACUGUUGAGGGACUUCCGCAAAUGUUUGCCUGAUGAAGACGCUUUGGUAUUGAGAGCCAUUAGCCAUGCGAUGCCUGAGGCAAUUGAUUUAAUAUGUGAUAAGAAUGGGGAAAUUCUGUUUGUUGAGGAUGCAAACUAUACAGCGUGCAUCGAUAGCUCCAGUAACUACAUCAACGAAUGCAGCGAUAAAAUUUCGAAUGCCACAAAUGCAAUGAAUUUUCAAAACCAGUGUAGUGAGUUGGUGGAUUUUCGAACGUGUUUGGCAGAGAAGCUCACCCACUGCAACGGGCCACGAUUGAUGGAUGUUUUUGACGUAAUUUAUCGUGCCUUCAUCAGAGCCAGUCGCUGUAGCAAUUUGGUGAUUUUGCCAAAUGAUAAAAAGGAAAAUGCGGUCUAAUUAUUUGAGAAAACUACUUCAACGAUAAUCUACUCUUCGAUAGCAAAAGCAUUGUUUUGACUUUUAUCCUUCAUCCUAAAACCCACAGUGUUAAACUUUGAAAUUUAGUUUUUGUUUAAAUAAAGACUUGGGAAUUUGAA